UUCACAACUUUUUAUUAUUUUUUAAUUUAUUUAUUUUUAAGCUUUGACUUAUUAACUUCUUAAAAGGGUUAAAUUCCAGCCGUUUAGUGGGAAUCAUAAGGGAUAAAUCAAAACAUUUCUUAAGUCUUUUAUUUCAGGAUCAUGACGACGAUUGAACCAACAGACUUUUCCAUGACAUGAAUCUAUUUAAAAGUUCCUUAAAGCUGUCUUUAAGGUCUUUCUCAUCUCAUACUGGGCCAAGGGUGACAUUUGUUCGUAACUAUGCCAUAAGAACUGCCAAAAUUAUUGAUGGCAAAAAGAUUGCUCAAGAUAUAAGAAAUGAAAUUAAAACAGAAAUUGACAGUUGGGUGGACCAGGGACAUCGAAGACCAUGUUUAAUUGCCAUUUUGGUAGGUGAGAACCCUGCCAGUCAGAAAUAUGUUCAGAGCAAAAUGGUUGCAGCAAAGGAAGUUGGUAUUGAUUCUAAAACGAUUACCCUACCAGAAUCUACCUCAGAAUCUGAAAUAUUAAGCCAAAUAAAUCAGCUGAAUCAAGAUCCGUCCGUCGAUGGUAUUUUAGUACAAUUACCAGUUCCAGAACACGUAAAUGAAAGAAAAGUGUGCAAUGCGGUAGAUCCUAGAAAAGACGUCGAUGGCUUCCACACUAGCAAUAUCGGCAAACUCACUUUAAAUAUUGAUACUUUCGUGCCUGCGACUGCUUUGGGAGUUGUCGAGCUGAUUAAACGAUACGACAUUCCAACUUUUGGAAAGAACGUUGUGAUAUGUGGGAGAUCUAAAAAUGUGGGAUUGCCGAUGAUGCUUCUACUUCAUGCUGAUAAAAGAAACGAAUUGCCGGGGCAUGAGGCAACCGUGACUUUAUGCCAUAGACAUACCCCGCCUGAAGAACUUGAUUUUUUCGCUAAAAAGGCCGAUAUUAUUAUAAGUGCCACCGGUGUGGUAAAUUUAAUUAAAGCAGAAAUGGUUAAACCUGGAGCAUGUAUCAUCGAUGUAGGCAUAAAUCGAAUAAAAACCGAGAGCGGAAAAUCCAAAAUUGUAGGCGAUGUUGAUUUUGAAGGAGUGAGCAAAGUGGCUGGACACAUAACACCAGUUCCUGGAGGUGUCGGGCCAAUGACAGUCGCAAUGUUGAUGUUCAACACUUUGAAGGCCGCAAAACAGAUUGUUAAUAAUAACUCCACUUCUUGAUCAUAAAAUUAUUUAUUUAAUUUAUUUUUAUCGCUGCUUUAUAGCUUCAUUUUGUUUUAAACAACUCAUGUUAUUAUUUAUCUAUACAAAUCAUUUGAAAUUCAGUAUUAAAUGUGUAUACAAAGUAUUACACAAAAUCCAUUGUUUUUAUAUUGUUAUAACUAUUUCAUAGAGUAUUCUUAAAUUUUUGCACCCAAGGUGAAUUUAAGACUAUAUGACUUUUGUUUGCAAUAAAGAUAUAUUAUAAUAGUAA